UUAUAAUUAUAAAAAUUAUAAGUUAAAAAAACCCUGUAUUUUUCGACUCAAUAUCGGGGAAACACUGGUGUAGAUUACUCAAUCAUCCGCGGUUCGUAACAAGCGCGUAAAUAUUGAUAACGGUUAAUGGCUUCGCACGACCGGAUGUUGUUCCAUGUCGAGUACAUGAAAAACUGUUUUGGAUUAUCGUCGUAUUUUCCACUAUCUCUCGUUAAGUUAGGUCAUAGCCCAGUCCCAUAAGCCCACUGUCCAGACAAACAAUGUCCGUCAUCGAAAUUUCGUUGUCAAAUGACGAUUCGGAUUCGGACGUUAGCAUCAAUGAUACGAAAGAUAAUAAGAAUCUAUUUCAAAAGAUGAUCAAAUUGUGCCGAAUGAAUAUACAAUUUCCUAAAGAAUAUGUUAAUGCUAUGAACAGAAUGUAUGAAUGUUGUAAUGAUAAACAAAAAAAUUCAAAAAAAUUAUGCGAUUUAAUUCAUAAAGGAUUAAAACAUAUAUCAGCUGAAAACAAAAAUUCCUUUCAUCAUGCUGCUGACAUAUACAAUGAACUAUUGCAACUAUCUAAAUUAGAUUCGACAAGUUCACGCAAUGAAAAUUCUAUUGCAAGUACUUCAAAUGCUAUUACAAGUAUGACUGAUUUAAAUAAUGAAGAUAAUAAAAGCAGUGAAGUAUUCAAAAGUUUAAUUGAAAAGUGUUACCAAAAUCCAAAUUUUCCUAACUCAAACAUUGAAAAGAUUGAUAAACUGUACAACUCUCUCCCAUCUGAAUUUGUUAAUUCUAAAUACUUCCUACGGUUACUAAAAGAAGCAGAUCAAACUAUUUGGCCUGAUAGUAAUUGCAGUUUUUACAUUCACAUUGAACAUAUUUAUGAUCAAUUAUUGCAAUUUCAAUCUUCAAUGAUGUGUCAAGAUAGGAAAAUAUCUAUAGAAAAUCAAGAAAUCAACCAAAAGAAAUUGAAGAGACUAGCUGAACUAAAAAAAGCAUUACGCAUUGCUCGUAUGAAAAUUAAAACUCUUAAUGAAUCAGAGAUGGAUAUAAAUAAUGAUGAUGAUUUUGGUUCAGAUUCUCUAUAUAUUAAAAAGGAUAAGUAUGAAAAAAGGAUAGUUGAAAUAUACAAAAGAAUGUGUAAACUCCAAGAUGAACCAGAUUUUCUAGAACAACCACCAUUGCGUUUUAAAGAUACAAAUAAUCCUUUAGUUAAUAAAACUAUUGAAAAAUUUUAUAAUAUUAGCAAAAUAUUUCCUGAUUAUUUUGAAAUAUAUACUUUAUUAAAAUUAUUAAAUGAAAAAAAACAAUUAAAUUGGAAUGAAAGUGAAUUACAAAAUAUUUCACAUGAUGCAUUUUUGAAGUUGGGAAAACGAUUAAAGGCAAACAGAUUGAAAGAGUAUUUUGGUAAUUUGGCAACUGAUACUUACGAGGAGGAUCCUGCUGAAAAAAAUGAGGCUCUCAAAAAAAAACUUGAUGAAAGUAACAAAAAGUUCUUAGCUGAUUUAACUAUGGUGAGAGAAGAGUUUAUAAAUAAACAAGAUUAUGCAGAAGAGACAGAUGGUUCGAGUCUUAAUAAUUCUGAAUGUGAAAUUAGUUCAGAAGAUGAGUUAGUCAAGAAAAAAUAUAAUAAAGAUUCCGAAUGCAUUAAACCUAUAUCGGUUAAACGAAAAAUAUGCUUAUCAGAUAAUAAUAAAUCAACAAAAAAAAGUAAGAAAACUAUUUAUAUGGAGUCAUUUGAUUUAAAACCAUGUGCAGCUACAGCAGACAAAUUAAAUGUGAGCAAAGAAAAGUCAAAUAUUGAUAAAACUGAUAAAAAUAUUCUAGAUUUUGAUGAUAGUAAUACUAAUACGGCAGAUGAAAUAAUUGAUAUUGAUGCUGAAACAGUUCCUUAUAAUAGUUCAGAAAAUAUUAAUAACAGUAAAAAAAUUAUAGAUAGUAAUAUUUCAGUUCAGGAAGGAUCUAUUUCUGGUACUGAAUGUGAUGGCACAUUAGUAAUUGAUGAAGUUGUAAAUAAAAUAAAUGUAAAUGAUAGUGAUGAUUCACUAGUUUCUAAAAAUACACAAAAAAAUGAAGUUCAAUCAGCAACAACUGAAGACAACCUUAUGAACAUUAGUACUGAAACUAUUGACAUUAAGAGUAAUGAUCCAAUUAUUACAGAACCUAUUGUAGAGAUAAAUGAAGAUAAAGAUAGUGAGAUUGAAUUAAAUGAACUUGAUGAUUCAGAUAUAGAAAUUACUUCUUGUGAUACUCCCAGAGUUCCAGUACAAAAUAAAAAAUCCCUAGAGAAUAUAAUUAAAGCUAUGAACUUUGAAAAAAAAUAUAAAUUUGGUCAAAAUCAGCCAUCUAUGAGACAUCCAUCAAUGAAUGUGCCAUUACGUGGUGGUCAUAAUUUGAGUAAUGGUAAUCAGAAUUCCAAUAAUUUUGUUAACUGUUGGCUUAUGAACAAUACCAGACCUUCAAGACUGCCUUAUAUUAAACAUGAUAAUUAUAAUAAACAACAACAACAAACUUCAAGUCGUAAAAUACAGUCAUCAAUUCAGAGGAGUAUAACACAAACAGCAAGACAUUUUAAUCGACCUUAUACAAAUUCUAUUAAUCAGCAAAGACAUUUCCAUAAUAAUCAAUCAUUAUUACAACAGCGGAUAACUACAAUGACCACAACUACUACUGUUCGCCAUGUAGUCCGUCAAUCUUCAGAACGCGUUCCACGAACUAAUCAGCAUGAUCUUCAAUCAAAUAAUAAUGGCAAACCUGAAUUAAUAGAAUUAGAUUAGUAUUAACAUUUAAAAAUCAUUUUUUAUUACUCAUUUAUAUGCUAUUCAUAUUAA